UCACCAACUUCAUCUGGUUGUGAUUCAUGCCAUGUCCAGUGAAGCAGCUGUCAGGGAUUUUUUUGGAGUAUGCAACAUGCUGUACAACUUCAUCAGGAAGCCAACCGUGGCUAUUCUGUACAAAGGCGAGACCCUGAAACGUCUCUUGGACCAGAGAUGGACUGGCCACUUGGCAACGGUCAAAGUUGUGGUGAAGAGUUUUCACGAUGUAUCCACAUUACUGACCGAGGUGGAAAACACACGAGGCCUUGGAGCGGAGGUGCGCAUCGAGGCGACGGGGCUGCUUCGUGCCAUUACGCAGCGCAGUUUUCUUUUCAUUGUGCACCUUGUUAUGAAACUAUUGUCACUUUUCGAGCCGCCUAACAGACUACUACAAGCCGAAGAUAUGGACUUGUUCACUGCAAUGACACUUGUGAACAGCGCCUCUGACUGCGUGAAGACACUGCGCACAGAAAACGAGUUUUCUGCACUGUGGGAUCUCUGCGCUCCUCCAGCCACGGCCACCGAGGCUGUGCCGGUGACCGACCCCGGUCCAAGCAAGAGAAGACGCACAAUUAACAAGAACCUCCGCGCAUUUGCAGUUGAAGAAACAGUUGGUCAGCCACAAAGUGACAUAGACGAAAAGACUGAGUUCAAGAGAUUAUUUUACAGUGUUAUCGAUGCUGUGCAAGGAGAGAUGGAUGCGUGUUUUGGAGAGCGCAGUAGUGAGCUCAUUGGCGCACUGGCUGCUUUGAACCCAGAGGCCGAUAAUUUCCUGGACCCAUCAAAGGUAACCCCUCUCCUGGUAUUAGCUGGAACUGAUGUGGUUGAAUCUGAAUAUAAUGUUGCUCGUGAGUUCCUGGUGAAGAAAAUGACUGACACCCCGGUUCCCCCCGAAGAUGGAAAAUGGACAAUAGCCAACAUCCUCAGCACAUUCAACUGUGCACUCCAGGCUAUGCCGACUGUUGUCACAGCCUACACCCUUGCCCUAACUUUAGGAGCUUCCACAGCAAUGUGUGAAAACUCAUUUUCCACGCUGCUUCCAUAAGUAGGUUCAAAGUCUGUGUGUGUGUGUGCGUGUGUGUGUGUGUGUGUGUGUGUGUGCAUGUGCGUGUGCGUGUGUGUGUGUGUUUAAUGGCAAUGCAUAUCUCUCUGUUGACUGCUUUAAAAUGUAAUGUUUGAGAGAUGCUUCUGGUGUUAUCUACUAUGUUGUAUAGUCAAGUGUUUUGUGGAUAUUGAUAACUUUGCUUCUAUGUAAUGUAUUGCUUUAAAUUAUGAGGACUGAUGUUGUAGGCUAUACCUGGUCAUAUUGCUGUUGGUUAUGUUUAACGUGAUGAUUACGUGCUGCGCGAAUAGAGUAUAGGUUUAUUAAAAAUAUACGUACUGUAGGCUAAUAAUAAUUUUGCCCUCCCAUGCAUUUCAUAUGCCCCCCUUAAGACUGAGGUCUGGCGACGGGUCUGAAUCCCAGUAGUUGCCUGACCCCAGCUUCAAACAACUCCAGUUCCUUCCAGAGCGCACGAGAGACGGUGCCCGCGACCACCUGCAUCAGCUGCUGCAGGAUGGGAGACCAGACCCCAGACCCCGACCCCAGCCGCCUGCUACAACUACUGUUACAGGUGAAAAUGAUGAAGAUGAUGUCCAAGCUGUUGACGAUAAAGCUGAGCCGGUGAUUAAGAAAUCCAGACUGGAAAGUGAUUUUGAGCAACUUUUUGGACCCCACUCUGAGAGCAGGCGCAAAGAGGCUCACUCCACUCCAGCUGUGGAGCCACUGCAGUGGUGGGCCCGCAACCAGAACGAGUUUUCGCAUUUAGCCAAACUGGGUUAUUGCUACUUGGCUGUGUCAGCCACCAGCACCCCCAGCGAAAUGUUGAUACUCUCAUCUUUUUACACGAAAAUCUGGAGCGCAAAGCACAGGCGGCUGGCCAAUAGAGGGCGAUAGGGCGCCGCCCCUCCUCGAGCCACAAAAGAAAAGAAAGAUGAUAAUAAAUGUAUGAUUAUCAUCACCAUUAUCGUCAUAUACACACACAAUAUAUUAAUUAUUCUGAUAAUUUUCACUUGAAACAGCUCGUCCUGCCUCUGAAUAUCCAAAAUGCUUUUUUUUUCUAAAUGCAGGCACUCCAAUGCAAUCUCUAUGGGUUCCGGGAGGGCUUGCCCCAACGUGUUUUCGUCAUACGUAAACCACCAAGUAUCAUUCAUGUGCUCCUCGGAUGGUCCGAUUUCCCAUGUCGGGAAGUCGUUCUUACUUCAUUGUGUGUUCAUGAGCGUUUAGGUGGUAAUGUGGAGACAUCAUGGACAUUACAAAGAAGAUGUGUUGUAUUUUAUCACUCAAAAUGUUUAAAAAACACGUCGUCAACCGUUUCCACUGAAAUAUUGCUUUACGGUCGGAAACUCAUUUUUCCGAUUAUUCCGACAUCACAUGAGGCAGCGCCACUGCGCAGAGGUCACAUCCAAGAUCAACAUGGCUAACGUUUCCAGUUGAUCCAAGAGGUUUUUUAACCAUAUAGGUUAUAAAGUAUUGACGCAUAGUGCGUCCAAAUUCACACCUGUUCGUUCCUCUCUAUGGAUUUUCUCCGCGACCGUUAGCGAGAAGCCACGCAUAUCACAUGAAACAGCGGAACUGCAGCUUUGUCGGACACUUGUCGGUAGUCCAAUGUUUUCACAGCGGAAAAAAAUGAUAAAGUUACACUUAAAUGAUGUACAACAGAGCUUUCAUACAGCUCUGCACACACAUUACUCUUGGAUGGAUUACUCGCGAACGCAGCAUCGCACAGAAAUGCCACGCAUAUGAAAGCGCAGGAGCAGAGCUUUCCAAUGAUACCACACACAUCAUUGUGCUGUCAUCCCAUCACGCUAUAAAUACAGAUCAGUCGUCUACAAAAUGAAAACCUGACGAAUUUCUUUACAACCCAUUAUACAGAUCUUGUUAUCAGUCACUUCAUAUAGUGAGGAAUAUCGUAUCUUACCACAUCUUAGGCUUACGUGUGUUUCUCCCUGUCUAUCCACGUUUGUAGUCCGGCUUUCAAGAUGCAAAUAUCUCCAUAUUGUCCAGUUGACACUCCAUCAAACUUUGUAUGACAAGACCAGCCACUUCACCUUUGCACACCCAGACAACUGCAGCCUAAUUAUGCAUGCAUGACAGGGCCGUAGUCACCAUAUACAUUGAGGGGGACACGUGCCCCCCCCAAUGCCCAAAAUGCCCCCCCAGUACAUAACUGAAACUGAAAAACAACAACAAAAAAUGUUCAGGUCAGGUCAAAGAGCAGUGAUACUAUGUGAUGUGCAUUGUAUUAAGUUGUAGGGUAUGCCUGCAUACCCUUAAUCAGAACACAAAAUUAAUUUCCACUUAGCUAUAAUAAAAUGUUUUCUGAUUAAGACUGACAAUGACUCAGUGAAUACCUUACUCAAUUUUAUUUGAUUAAUGGUAAAACAGGUCUCAGUUUACAUUCAAAGGUAUUUGUGUGGGCAAACUGAUGAAAAUUAGUCUGUUGAUGACCACAGUGGAUUGUUCAGUCAUUGCAGAACCAAAUUAAUUCAAAUUUACCUAUUGAACGGGUCACUUUGGCCAUCAUCACAACAAUUGCCCCCCCUGAGAAAUUUGGCAGGAGCCGCCACUGGCGCAAAGCCAAGACUGUGAAAGAGGAAUAUGACUAAAUUGACUGUGAAAUAAGAAUAUUACAGCAAGAAGGAUUACUUGAUUUAAUCUUUAUGUUUAGAGGCUACCUGCUGGUGAGUUUUGAAUUAUAUUUUAUUUUUAUUGCUCAGUUGUUUUCUGAGUGGUGUUGGUUUACAAUUCUGACGGCUUGAAUUUUCGGUUAUUUUACAAAGAAAAUGAUUCUCAAACUCAUGUUUUGUGAACCAGUCAAGCAAGGUAAAGAUUGAAUGAUAAUUACGGCAGCCAGUGUGUUUGAUUCUUCUGUUGUUACAUUUAUUUUAUAAUGAAAAUGCGCUCUUUUGUCAACCAUAUAUUAGUGCUGUGCUCGCAUGCUGUGCGUCUUGGCUGCCAAGGUAUUAGCUUAUGUUUUGUUUUGGUUAAAAUGUCUUUGAGAAGGCCUGUUGAUUCUUGUUUCUCGCAAGUUUUUUUUCUGCAGGUAGCUAAUUGCUGUUUCUAACACAUUUUGAAUGUUGGAAAGAGAAAUAUAUUUUCGUUAAUAAGCCUAUAGGCUAAAUAUAAACCUAAGGAUGUUAUUGUUGUAUUUUUUGCUGACAGUAAUCACACAGCUGCACUAAACUGUACUGUAGUCAGGCCUGAAUCAUUCUGCACGUUACUGUACAUUGUUGAUGUUACAGAGAUCUUUAA